AUGCAACACAUCACGCUCGCCGGUGUGACUAUAAGUCUUGGCUGCCUCGCGGCCACGGUAGCAGCCUCUCCCCAGAACUACGAGUCGCAGGCCUACUGCAGCCAGACCAUUUCGAGGGACGUUGCUGUGAUUGGCGGCGGUGCUUCGGGUGCUCACGCCGCAGUCUGGCUCCGUGACAACGGUCACAGUGUCGUUGUUGUAGAGAAGGCCAGCCAACUUGGCGGCCACACCAACUUCUACCAUGACCCUGCCACGGGCAAGGACCUCAACGUCGGGGUGCAGGGCUGGAUGCAGUACCGGAAUUCCUAUGACUUCCCGCACCGGAUGAACGUGUCGACGGACGGGGCCAUGUCCAUGACCCCGAACACCAACAACUUCAUCAACUACAAGACCGGCAAACCCACCAGCUACACGCCGCCCUCCAAUUCGGAAGCGUAUGCCGCUUUGCAGAGGUACCUUGCCGUCCUCGAAAGGUACGAGGACAUGGUGCUGCCGGGCUUCUUCAAGUUCCCGGACCCGGCCAGCAUCCCCGAGGAUCUGCUCAUGCCGUUCGUGGACUUUGUCAAGAAGUACAACCUCGAGGCGGCGGUACCCACACUGUGGGACGCCACGGCCAUGGGGCUGGGCGACACCAUGAACGUGCCCACGGUGUGGGUGAUGCAGGCGUGCGGCGCGCCCUUUGCCCGCGCCCUGCUGGGCCUGGUCCCCUCGGUGGUCCCGCCCUCGGGCCGCAUCUACGACCUGUACGAGGCCGUCGCCAAAUUCCUGGGCAAGGACGUGCUGUACUCGAGCACCGUCGUCUCGGCCACCCGUCCGACCAACCUGAAACAAAAGGUUUCUUUGAAGGUCAAGAACAACAAGGGCGCGGUAACCUGCAUCGAGGCCAAGCGGCUAUUGAUUGCCAUCGAGCCGACGCCUGAAAACAUGGCGCCCUUCAACCUGGACAAGAACGAACAAUCCGUCCUGUUCAAGUUCCAGUACCCCACUGUCUACGCCGCCGUGCUGCGGCACCCUUCCCUGCAACCCCUCAACGCCUACUCCAACCGUGUCCCCUCUGCGGCGCAGCAGAACAACACCGAAUUCCCUGUAGCCCCCCAGCUGGGCCGCAUCGAGUACAUUGGCGGCACCGAGGAUCUGUUCUUGCUGACUGCCGUCGGCACCGCCAAAGACACGACCGAGAGCAUGAAGGACCUUGUCAACAAGCAGGUCAACACCAUGAUCUGUGCGGGCACGCUUCCGGCAACUGGAAAGGGGAAGAAGGUGGCUUUUCCUAUGUUUUCGAACCAUGGCAAGAUGCAUGCCCAUGUCUCGGCUGAUGAGCUCCGUGGUGGGUUCCUGCAGAAGUUGUAUGCCCUGCAGGGGCCCAGGAAUACGUGGUACACGGGCGCGGCGUUCUCGGCGGGGUUCUCGACUGUGCUAUGGGAGUUCAAUAAGGAGUUGUUGCCGAAGGUUGUUGAGGGGUUGUAA